CUCGUAAUGGCUGUGGUCUCAUCUUUUCCCCUUCUUCGUCUCCCCCACGAAAACCUGAACCAAGUUCUACAAUAUAUGAGGACUCUCCAGUUAAUUCAGUUCUCAAUGCUGUCCAAGAAGAAUAAGGAUCUUAUAAGAGAGCUUCGUAUCGUCGAAAGUUGCAGUUUUAAAUUUGGAAUGAAGUAUCUCUAUCAUAUUCACAGCAAUAACGGUCGAUAUUUUGCGUGCUCAUUAGAGAACGGGAAGCAUAUUUUACGAGAUUCACAUGGAGAACAAAAUAUCACGUACAAUCCACUCGAUGAAAAAAGUUGGUUGAAUCAUCUUCUUUAUAUCUCCAAGACAUCAAAAAUUGCAAGCAUCCAAUGCAACGAUUGGGAAGUCGAUGAGACGGAAUUGCAAAUAUUGAAGGAAUGUUUAAAAGGAUUCAACAUUUCAACUCUCGUAAUUUCCUCCAAUUCCCGAAUGCAGAAUACCGCCACUAUCAUUGACGCAUUACCUUUAGUGGAUCAACUUGACUUACUAAAAUACCAGAAUCAACGCUUGGACUCCUCAGAACUAUUGGUACUACGGCAAAUUCUAGUUCAGAAUUUUAGAGAUCUAAUUAUAACGGCCAACAUACCAUUAAAUUACCUGUUUCUUAUGAACAGUUCAUCCAUUCGUGUAUGCAGUACACUAUUAACCGAAAAGGAUAUCAAUCUGUUCUUGAAACAUUGGAUGGCCGGUUUGAAACCAGAACUCGAAUUUUUUAGUGUUCAAGAGGAAGAACUAGUUAUCAACAGAAACGUUAUUCUGGAAGGAAUUCCUCACGAAUUUGCACCGAUUGACAGGAAGUUUGACAUGUAUAAUAUGAGGUCUCAAUUUGGAGGAGUCGAUAUUCACUUGGGCAGAGGAAUCAAGGCAACCAUUGUUUUUGACGAUGAUUACAUUCCAGGGAUUUUUGUGGCGGUUCAUGGUUCAAAAUAUAUAACUUUCGAAUAACUUUAUGUUUUUUAUAAAAUAAAUGAAUUUUU